UUGACGCACACCUCCCCCAGGAGGGUGCCGGUGCGCCGGAGCCUCCCCGAUAUGGCAUCCAGCAGCGUGGUUUUCCCUGAGCCUGGGGGCGACAAGAGGAGGCCCUGGAGGAGCCCUGGGGGACAGGGGAAGCGCCGCCCCUGGGUCACACUCUCAGGGCGCAGAGAAGCAUGUCCCCAGAGGGACGGGCCGUUUCUCUCAGGCAGGUCAAGUCUGCAGAGGCUCCUCCUAUUUAUUUCCUUUCUAUCUCUUUCGGAGUUGAAAAGGAAACUGUAGGAUCAGAAUAAAAGGAAAGCCAGGACUCUUGGAAACGUGUGGCUCCUGGGACACUUGGAUUGCUCCUAGGGUUGUCCGCCUGUACCUGCAGGUAGGUGACAUUGCCUUGCUGACCAAGAUCCCUGGCUGACCGCGAUGUGCAUAGAGUUUGAGAAGCACCCUCUACCGAGUCCUUUCCUGAAAACAAGGGGGUCUCCGCCGGCACCAGGAGCACUGGGCACAGCCCGACAUUUGUCACUAAGGACAUUCCUAUGGAGGACUGAGGGCCUCCAGGACAGCUUGUUCUCCUCUGAAAAUGACAACAGCUUGUACUUCACCUACAGUGGCCAGUCCAAUACCUUGGAGGUCCGAGACCUCACCUACCAGGUGGACACAGCCUCACAGGUGCCCUGGUUUGAGCUGCUGGCUCAGUUCAGGAUCCCUUGGCUGUCCCACAAGAACCAAGAUUCUGGCGAGCAGGGCAUCCAGAACCUGAGCUUCCGAGUGCGAAGCGGGCAGAUGCUGGCCAUCAUCGGGAGCUCAGGCUGUGGGAGGGCCUCGCUGUUGGAUGUGAUCACCGGCCGAGACCACGGAGGCAGGAUGAGGUCAGGCCAAAUCUGGAUCAACGGGCAGCCCAGCACACCCCGGCUGGUGAGGAAGUGCGUGGCCCACGUGCGCCAGCACGACCAGCUGCUCCCUCACCUCACCGUCCGAGAGACCCUGGCCUUCGUCGCCCAGAUGCGCCUCCCCAGAACCUUCUCCCAGGCCCAGCGCGACAAAAGGGUGGAGGACGUGAUCGCCGAGCUGCGGCUCCGGCAGUGCGCGGACACGCGCGUGGGCAACGCAUACGUGCGCGGGGUGUCGGGGGGCGAGCGCCGGCGCGUCAGCAUCGGGGUGCAGCUGCUGUGGAACCCGGGAAUUCUCAUCCUGGAUGAGCCCACCUCGGGCCUGGACAGCUUCACGGCCCACAACCUAGUGAAGACCUUGUCCCGGCUGGCCAAGGGCAACAGGCUGGUGCUCAUCUCCCUGCACCAGCCGCGCUCCGACAUCUUCAGGCUCUUUGACCUGGUCCUCCUCAUGACCUCGGGCACCCCCAUCUACCUGGGGGCCGCGCAGCACAUGGUCCAGUAUUUCACGACCAUCGGCCACCCCUGUCCCCGCUACAGCAACCCUGCGGACUUCUAUGUGGACUUGACCAGCAUCGACAGGCGCAGCCAAGAGCAGGAAGCGGCCUCCAGGGCGAAGGCUCAGUCCCUUGCAGCCUUGUUUCGAGAAAAAGUGUGUGACUCUGAUGAUUUCCUGUGGAAAGCGGAGGCGAAGGAGCUGGGCGUGGGCACCUGUGUGGCCAGCCCGACCCCGCCCUGUGACAACAACUGCCAGACACCCUCGGAGCCGCCCGGGGUGAUGCAGCAGUUCGCCACCCUGACCCGUCGUCAGAUUUCCAGUGAUUUCCGAGACCUGCCAACCCUCCUCAUUCACGGGGCGGAGGCCUGCUUGAUGUCCCUGAUCAUCGGGUUCCUCUACUACGGCCACGGGGACACCAAGCUGUCCUUCAUGGACACAGCGGCCCUCUUGUUCAUGACUGGCGCACUCAUCCCUUUCAACGUGAUCCUGGAUGUCGUUUCCAAGUGUCACUCGGAGCGGGCGAUGCUGUACGCUGAGCUGGAAGACGGGCUCUACACCGCUGGUCCCUAUUACUUUGCCAAGAUCCUCGGCGAGCUGCCGGAGCACUGUGCCUACGUCAUCAUCUACGGGAUGCCCACCUACUGGCUGGCCAACCUGCACCCGGGCCUCCUGCCCUUCCUGCUGCACUUCCUGCUGGUGUGGCUGGUGGUCUUCUGCUGCAGGGCCAUGGCCCUGGCCGCCGCCGCCAUGCUGCCCACCUUCCACAUGUCGUCCUUCUUCUGCAAUGCCCUAUACAACGCCUUCUACCUCACCGGGGGCUUCAUGAUCAACCUGAAGAACCUAUGGGCAGUGCCUGCGUGGGUCGCCAACGUGUCCUUCCUCCGGUGGUGUUUCGCUGGGCUGAUGCAGGUCCAGUACAACGGGCACCUUUAUACUGUGCAGGUGGGAAACAUCACGCUCUCGAUCCCAGGAGAUAAAAUGGUCAGUGAGAUGGACCUGAACUCCCACCCUCUCUACGCCAUCUACCUCAUCCUCAUCGGCAUCAGCAGUGGUUUCCUGUUCCUGUAUUACGUGUCCUUAAGGUUCAUCAAGCAGAAGUCAAGUCAGGACUGGUGACUCGCGCCCAGACUCACCCGCUCGCUGCUGGGGCCUCUGAGCAGACCCUUGGACUGCACUCCCUCCCUCCCAGGGAGCGCCUCCCUGGGACAGUGAAGGCAUAGAUGCUCUGCUACAUCCUGCCCCUGGUGCUGCAGUGGCACAGGUCAGCCACAGGAUGGCAGUAGAAUAAAGACAGUUGAAAAGGAUUUCCGCUCUCUGGCCAGAGCUUGUGAUUGCCAGGGAGAAAACCCACACUUGGUGCGACCUACAACGUUGCUGAUUUAUUUCCUUUGGGUGUGUCUUUAGACGGGCAACUCAGUGUAGAAUGGGAGCAAAUCAGAUAUGAACUGAGCAGCCUGGCUCUGCAUGAAUUGCUAGAACCCAGAGAAAAUGAUAAUGAGCAAAAUGUUUAGCUUCACCUCUCCUAUCCCCUGUACUCUGUUUAUCCACUCUGCUAGCCUAAAACAUAGGAGUGAAAUGCUGUCUCUUCUUUCUGUAUGGGCUCCAAAAACCAUCGUGAACAAUUAAAAAUUUAUUGAGCAUCUA